AACCGAUCUGCGUGAUUUCAGUAUUUAUUUUUAUAAUUUUUUUUGAACGUCCAUUGGCAUUAUGACCACAAUAAACCCGACAAAUAUUAACAAAGGUCGCUUCUGGAUUGAUGGACCACAGACGAACGCAUUGGUGUCAGAUGCUUUCAUUUUCAUAACUGGCGGUUUCCACUUAGCCGUCAGCGUUGGCUGGAGCUAUACCGUCUACAGUUUACAUUUCUAUUAUUGCUGGUUUAUUGGUGUGGCAAUCGGUUGUAUACUUGCGCCAUUGCUUAUCAACUGGAAGCGCCGUAGGUUAUUUAUAGUCUCGCCCAUAUUGUUGGUGAAUCUGUCGGCCAUCCUCACUGCAAGCGUUUACUACAGUACGAAUACGCUGAUUGCCGCACGAUAUUUGAAUGGCAUCGCCAUCGGUCUCACCAGCGUCUCGUUCAUCAUGCAUGCCAGUGAAAUCGCCUCGGAGCAUUCUCGCGGUUACUGUUUGUGCCUGGAGCAAGUUGGCUUAGUCGGUGGUGCAUAUGUGCAAAUUCUCUAUACCGGCUAUUGGGGUAGUGAUGUGGAUUUCAGUCCCUAUUGCCUACAAGGCAUAUUCUGCGUAGUUUUUGGUGUAAUCGCGUUGCUGUUAACAUUCACUUCAAUCGAUUCGCCGAUUUUGCAUUUGGGACGCGGCGACGAACCGGUGGCUCUGAAUUGUAUUGUGCGUCUCUAUCGCCCACCCGUUAUGACCAAUGAGAAACAAGUGAUAUUUAACAAGCUCAAAGCGUAUGUCGACAUGAAUGAGUCCAUGUCGCUGCGGCAGUGUUUCAUGCAGAGUUUGGGUCCACUACUCAGAAUUUUACCCUAUCGUUGUAUGCUUUCGUUUAUCUUCGCGCUACCGAUUGUGGAUGCUUUCAAAUGGUCCGAGGGCGUAAGCACCGCUGGCUCUUUGGUCAAUUGGCCACCUACCAUUUACGGUCUGCUGGGUGUCUUAGGCGUGAUGGUCACUUUUUCGACAAUCGAAGCAAUUGGCCGCAAAGCGGUGAGCUUGUUUUCGCUCUUGUGUGUGGGUGGUCUGACGAUCGGUGUUGGUAUUAUCUUCAAUGAUACUUUGGCUCUUAUUAACUCUACGAAAAUGGCGACUGCAUGCGCCUUACUGAUGAUUGCGCAAAUCUUUGGUGGCAUCUUUGCGCCCAGCGCAACAGUUUAUUUGGGUGAAGCGUUUCCGUUACGUCUGAAGCGUUAUUUCAUAGCAUUUGUCGUUCUCGUACAAUAUAUAGUGGAUCUGAUCAUUGUAUGUACAUUCACGUUCUCGCCGAAUAAUAUGUUUGUCUACUGCCUUGUCACGGGGCUGAUAAUGUGUGUGGCUUGCAUAAUCUUUGCCUUUACCAUGCCAGAAACCAGGAAGAAUACUUUACAGGAGGCACAACAACAAUUUUCAUAUAGACUGCAUUUAAGGUUCUAUUAAAUGUUUUGUAAAAUAAUAUAAAUAUUUUAUUUGAAA